AUGCACACUGAGCAUGGAACAGCGACACUCUCCAUUCGUGAAACCGAACUUGAUGAUAAAGGUUUCUAUACUGUUCGAGCAACCAAUGUUGAGGGCGAAGCUGAGGCCAAAACUACACUGUUCAUCAUUUGUAUCGAUCCCGUGAUCAACACUGAUCUUGAUACUACAUUACAAGGCACCGAAGGUGAAACAAUGACUCUGAAACUAGCAGUCAGUGGAACACCGAAACCAGACAUUGUACGGAUGAAAGGUAAUGAUGAGCUCGCAGCCAGUGAUCGUGUACAGGUGACAGUAUCAGCUGAUAAUGAUGACACAUACGCAUCGACUAUCUUCAACGUUCAGCCAAAAGACCUAGGGGAAGAUUCAGCCAAGAUCACUCGUGUUGAUGAAUCACUCCAAUCCAAUAAGUACAAAGUCACUGUCUCGGGUAUGUGGGUGUGGAUGAAGGUGCGAGGAUGUGGAUGA